GUUCCUCUAGCGGUGCUCGUCCUGCGCAUGCGCACAUCGCGCGUUUACUUCCCGACAGCCUUCGGGUUUGUGUGUUGAACAAAACAAAAAUAGCAAUUUAGAUUGUAAACACGACCAAGUAUGACUUUUCGUCGACAGUGGAAUUAGAUACACGGACGAAGACUUAAAUACAGUCGUUCCGGGCGUGUUUUUCCGCACCUUUUUUCCUGACUGGAUCCUGCGACCCCUUCGGACGCUAAUGUGAAGGAGACGACAUCAAAUAUGGACUUUUCAUCGGAAGGGAUCUUGGAUAUUCGCGACGAGGCCUCGAUAUAAACGUUUGGGGACUUGAUUUCUGUUUGUAGAUGGUAUUUAGCGACUAUUUGGCCGCUAAUAUGAAGGAGAUGAUCGGGGGUUGCUGCGUUUGCUCUGAUGAGAGAGGCUGGGCCGAAAACCCGCUGGUUUACUGCGACGGACACGGCUGUAAUGUUGCCGUGCAUCAAGCUUGUUAUGGAAUUGUCCAAGUCCCAACCGGUCCCUGGUUCUGCAGGAAAUGUGAAUCUCAAGAGCGAGCAGCACGAGUGAGAUGUGAGCUCUGUCCACACAAAGACGGAGCUCUGAAAAGGACCGACAAUGGAGGCUGGGCUCAUGUGGUUUGUGCGCUCUACAUCCCAGAGGUGGAAUUCGCCAACGUCUCCACCAUGGAGCCUAUCGUUUUACAGUCCGUCCCUCAUGAGCGCUACAAUAAGACGUGCUACAUUUGCGAAGAGCAAGGCCGGGAGAGUAAAGCGGCCACGGGAGCCUGCAUGGCCUGUAACAAACACGGCUGUCGCCAGGCUUUCCACGUCACAUGCGCUCAGUUCGCCGGCCUGCUGUGUGAAGAGCAAGGCUCGGACGCCGACAACGUCAAAUACUGUGGCUACUGCAAGUACCAUUACAGCAAACUGAGAAGGAGCAAAGGCCGUGGUAGUAGGGCUCAAAGCUUAAGCGAUUCUUCCUCUCACUCUUUGGAUAAACACCAUGACAAGGAGAAGAAGAAACACAAAGAGCGAGACCGUCACAAACCCAAACACAAAAAGUCCCUCGAGCUCUCGCCUUCCCUCGUUCCCGCCUUGAUGGUUACGUCAGAGAAGAGCUACAGCAGCAGCAGCGGAGGGAGCGUCUCCUCCAUCUCCUCGUCCCAAAAGCGAAUGGAUGACGGUGGCGCGCGUUUCACCAACGCCAACUUCCAGGAAGUGCCGUCUCACUCCAGCGCGAGCUCCAAAGAUGGAGGCUCUUCUGAGAGGGAGAGCAAGAGCUCAGAGGGGAAGAGCAAGAAAUCGAGCAGCCACUUGAGCUCCAACUCGGGGUCGCGGGGUCGCAAGUCGAACCCGAGCAAAUCUCACGGCCCCGUCGUCACCAUCGCCACAUCGUCCACCGUCCCGUCCUCGACAAGCCCCUUUCAGCAAGGUCUGAUGUUGGCCGGUGGGAGCAGCAAGACGUCCUCCAGCAGCUCGGUGGUUCAGGCCAGCUCCGACUUCAUCAGCUUCACCGAGUCGAACCUGAGGGGCGGCGACACGUACACUCAGUCCUCAUUCGGUCGCCUCGUAAAGGGCGGGGCCGAGGGUGGACCCUCUGAUGGAAUGGUGGCCCUAAACACCUUCAGCUCUCUCGUGCCCCUCCCCCAAAGCUCAGGCUCCGCCCCCGCCUCCAGCUCCUCCAAGCAUUACGAAAGCUCGCACUCUGGCGGCGGGGAGCUCGCGUCAGCCGGGUAUAAAAGGACCCAGCCUUCCUCGUCAUCCUCCUCUUCCUCUGCAGCCUCGUCCUCGUCCACCGGAGAGGAAGGAGUGAAGAAGAAGAAGAGAGGGAACUGGCGGAACCGCUACGGGCCCUGCUUUACCACCACUCAGGAGAGCAAAACUCCAGACGGGACGGAGAUUAGCGGCACAACUCUGCCUACUUCGUCCUCGCUAUCGCCUUCCUCUUCCUCCAUUGCGGGUAGAAAUAGCAGCGCUAGCAUCAGCAGCAGUAAUGCGACGGUGGGCGGAGCCGGAACGAGUAGCCUGACCAAUCAGAAAUCCCCUUCUUUGCUCAGGAACGGGAGUUUACAGAGUCUCACCGUGAGCUCUCCACCUGCGGCGACAGUGACGUACCCCAGCAGCAGCGACGUAGCAGGCCCUUUGCCCAGCGCCGUGCUCGGAGGUAGUCUCUCCGUCUCCAGCUCCGAGAUCCCAUGCGCCUCGAUGCCGAACCUCACGUCUCUGCCCGCUCAUGCGCCCUUCACCAGCACCUCCUCCACGCAUCUGCAGUCGAACUCAUUAUCGGGAACCUUUAACCCGGCGCCGUCCCAUAUGUUUGGCAACCGGCUAAAUCCCAACUCUGCCAUGGCCGCCCUCAUCGCCCAGUCAGAGAAUUCUCCAGCAGAUCAGGAGCUGGGGGAUGGGGCGCUCGGCUUCUCCAGGCGAGGAACCCCACCAAAGGCGAACCUUUCCCCACGGUCUCCGUUAAGCGGACUGCACAUACGGUAUGACCCGUCAGUGCCUGUGGUGCCGGGAUUGGGCUCCGACACGCUUCCACCAGCGGCCACCAGCAUCGAACAGCUGCUGGAGAGACAGUGGAACGAAGGCCAGCAGUUUCUACUGCAGCAGGGAUCACAGGCAGAUGUGCUGGCCAUGCUGAAGUCUCUGCACCAGCUGCAGAUGGAGAAUCGGCGUCUGGAGGAGCAGAUCCGAACCCUGACCAUGAAGAAGGAGCGACUGCAGCUGCUGAGCGUGCAGCUCUCCGUGCCAUUCACACACACUAACAACACAACAAGCUCCGCCUCCUCUCCACUCUACCACAGCAACACACACACAGACAUGCUGAACAGCAAGAGCAUUCAGCUAGGCAGCAGUGUUUUAACAGACUCCUCUCAACAUUUGCCCACUCAGGAUCUCCUGAUUGGUGGCCAUAGCAGCUCUAGCAGCACCUCCUCCCUCUCCACUCCUACCUCAGUGGCCCACAGCCCCCCUCAGCAACAGGUGAACGGCCUGAUGGGGGCGCUGCAGGGCGCCCACGGGGCCAUGAGUGGCAUCGUGGGGGCUCUGAACGGUGUGAUUCAAUCCUCCAGCCCUCACCCUCACCCUUCCUCCAUCACCUCCACCUCCCUGCCCAUCAGUGGUGCCCUCAACAACAGCAUCGUGACCACAGCGAAAAGCAGUGCAGUGAAGCUCCUCACUGAGCAGCAGAGACAAAUUCUCCUCCAUCAGCAACAGCUGCAGCAGCUCAUCAAUUCCCAGCAGCCCACGCCGGAGCAACAGCAGGCUUUGCUCUACCAGCUGAUGCAGCAGCAGCAACAACAACAACACGAUCUGCAGCAGCUUUCCUCCGCCCAGCUUCCCAUUAACAACCUGCUUCCUGCCGCUCAGGGUGCCAUCACUGCCAAUCCCUUCCUGGCUUUGCACACUGACAACAGCAAUCAGAAAGCUGUGAGGCUGGGUGAGAAAACCGUGAGCGUCACAGGGCAGGAGAAAACCUGAACAGGUGGAACCGGACUGCUGAAGGAGAAAGCCAGCCAUCUUGGGGGCCAACCAUCCCAUCAGAGCAGCUACAAACUAAUGCACACACGCACACGCACACACACACACACACACACACACACACACAUACACGUACAAAUGUGACUCGGCCUAAUAUCUCAAGCUCUAACGUUGCACUGAAUUGGACAAAAUAACUUGCUGUAAAGGUUAGGGUACUGGGGGACCACUUUCGGGGUCAAGACACAUACACACACACACACACACACACACGCUUCUAAGUGACAUAUUGGUGUGAAUCACUGUCGAGGGAGGUGCUGAGUGAUCUUGGCUGGAGACUAAAUGCAUCUGCUCACCACUGUUACCUCUUUAACAAAAAAAAAAACACACACAAAAAAAAAAACUGGACUAGCUUAGGACACAUUUCUUUUCUUUUCUUUUUUUUCUUUUUAAAAAAAAAAAAAAAAAAAACCUGCUUUAUCUGUUUGUGGGGGGGGAAUCAAAUAUCAAAUCUGAAGCGUUUAAUCCACCACGAAGGCCUUCGCCUCAGAGGGCCAAACAGGGACGCACCGAUCCUGCUGAACUCCUAAACGAGCACCUACCUCUCCGAGCCAAGACUGAAAUAGUUAAAAUACCAGGACCCGUACCCAAGUGCCUGGCAUCUCCCUUCAUGCCCUCGUGCUGAGGAUACACACUGGAGACGCUGCCACUCUCGCUUCCUUUUUAUAUUCCACUCAGUCUGCUUUUUGAAAUAUUGACAAUUUCAAAGUAUGGCUACCAAUCACUGUCACUCAGGCAUGGUGACCAAGCUCAGCUCUGUGGGAUUCACCGGGGCAUGUGCCGAUAUGAAACAUCUAUAUCACGAUAAUCGCUUCACUUUGUUGUUGUUGUUGUUGUUUUUUUUGGCUUUAAUUAAUUUUUACAGUAUUAUUGUGUUUUAUUGUUGCAUGACCACACAGCGCUCCUUAAAAUAGUCCAAAAGUAAGGACCUCCUGAGCUGAGACCACCGAGUCCUCACAAGUAAGACAGUAUCGUGUCCAAUAUUGUUCACGUGGAAUAUCGUGAUAUGUCUCGAACCCGAUUAUCGGCACAUGCCUGCGAUUGACUAUAUUUGUGCUGCAAUGAUGAUUUCUUAAGCCAACUUUAUAUUCCUCCUUUCUUUCUUUCUUUUUUUUUAUUUUUAUUUAUUUGAGUUUGAUCUGUAACGGGUGCACGGUGAUAUUUUGGAGCCCAGUCGUCAAACAUUUUUAUACUACUGUUCUCAAUUGUCACAAAAUUUGUCUCUCAUUUCCUUUGAACCUUGUAAGAAUUUUAUUUUUAUUUUUUUUAAUUAUUAUUAUUAUUAUUAUUAUUAAAAUGUCUUGUGUUGAGCAGAAAACCUACUCGGAUGGAUGAUUGUGUAAAUAUGGUCUUCUCUGUCCUAUGUUUUUGUCCUAUCCUAUCAGAAUAAGCUGUUUAAAAAUUAGCUCAGUGCUUCUUUUUUUUAUUAUUAUUAUUAUUAUUUUAACCUCCUUUUCAAUGUAAAUAAGUAUUUGUGUUCAUCUGACAGUGUGAAGGAUUUAUUACAACUCAUUUGGUGUGUUGAGAUUGAAAUAAUUAACAAACAGGAAAAUAAUGAUGCAAGGUAAUUAAUUUAUUUUUCUAUGUACAGGGACUUUAAGUUUUGCAUUUCAUUGAUGUCGUUUUAUACCUACUUCCACGUUCUCAUGUGUCUGUAUAGGUAAUUAUGCAAAACUCCCUAAAGUCUGUAUUUAAGAAUACCAAACGUGAGUCCUGCUUCGUACCGAUCAUAAGAAAUAUUGAACACAGAGACUGUAGCGUUAAGAUUUUUCAGUGAUUAAAAUUGUUUUACAAAGGUG